AUGUCAGGACCCAGCGCGGGUGGGGGUCGCCCCAAACUCAGAGGUGCCGGGAAAGUGAAAAAGGACAUGGAUGAAAAGUUUCUUCGCUUCUUGCGCGAGUAUGCAACCUACUAUGCUGAAUGUCCGCCUGCCUUCAAAAAGUACCUGGAGCGCCAUGUCUUCCCCGCCUGCAAGGAGGCCGACAAGAUCGACCAGUUGCAACUUUAUCUUUGCAAUCCCCAAAUCCUGGACUUCGGUCUCGGAGUCGAGUUUAUGGAGGAGGCCUCUCAAUACACAAUUUGGGAUUACUGGUUCCAGGGUUCCGAAGAGUCGGUUGUCCUCCCUUUUCAUCCCAUCCCUGACAAUUAUUACCCAUGGCCCAAGGAGACUGAGAAGACAGUGAAGGCUGCGUACAUCAUCGACGAUCCGGGGCAAGUCCCAUCGGGAGGAGUCAACAAGCUUAAACUGGACGACCAAAAGGAAGGAACAACGAUGAGUAUUGUACCGCCCGGACCGUUUCGCUCACUGCCCGGUGUUCUAGGUCCCGAUGACGGACAGGACAAUUUGUUUGGAGAUAUGCUCGACCAGAUGAAAGCGAUGGAGAAGCUUCAGUUUACCAAUACUUUUGGUCCCAGCACUACCGCAACGAUAGAAGGAGGACAGCUGGCCGAGCCCGUCGUGGACCGCACUGGCCCAGACUGGACUCUUGACUCCGAGUACGAAGGGUUUCGACAGCCUCCGCUGGCUCUCCGGCUUGAGCACGUCAACAACCUGCUUUGCGAGGAAGAUAUGUAUCGUGAUCUCAACUGGGCCGAGAAGUUUGGUGAGACGGUCCGAUACCUUAGGUGGCUUGCUGAGGAGGACCCCCAGAGUCAGCUCGCGAAUGCCAGCCCAGCAACCCAGCAGAUGUGGACCGAUGCUAUGCAAAAGGUCAGGGUGCAUGAGGUCUUUGACCAUUACAAUUCUCAACCGACACCGUUGAUCAUCGACCCUCCGCCCAAGGGGAGUCUCAAGUCAACGCGCCUCAACUGGCUCGGUGAUGUCCACAAUUGGCCUAUCCCCACGACAAAUCCGGUUCCUGACAAAAGGGACUUGAUGCCUAUACCGAUACACCCGCGAUCUGUCGAGCCUGUGAACACUGUGCUCAUCGACGAGCCAGAGACCUAUGAACUGUUUGAGGAAUUCAAGUAUGACCAGCGAGAGCUGUGGCAGGACGAAGAAGGUGAUGACAACCUUGCCGUGGUAGAAAGUGAGGCAUUCCUCAAGUUCUCUGGUUCCAAGUACGCCGGCUGGGUUCGACACGAUCCAACCACGAACACCAAGGUCCUGGCUGACAAUACCAUCAUCAUCCCCAACGACCCGAGGAGCUUCGCCAGAGAGCGAGGAGCCCGUCGUGCCGGUCUGCAACAAAUGUUGCGCGCUUACCAAACUAGCGUGCCGGAUUACACGACCAGCCCCCUACGCACGCUUCAGCUUCCUAUCGACGCUGCGGCUCUGCACAAGAUCACCCAGCACACCGAUGGCGUGCAAUUUGUACCAAUCCGCAUCCCAGAUGAGAAGAUCCAAGCGCAGGCCGAUACCAUGCCUUUCACCGUCCAGUUUCCCAAGUAUCUCGAGUCCCUCAAGCACAUCCGCGAGAGGGCCUUGAAGCGCGUUGAAGCUCUCCGCCGACAAGAUCGUCGCUGGGUGACACUCCCCCAGAACGUCGUCACAGGCGGUCCCUUCGUCUGGCGCAUGGUCGACCCCGACGUUCAGCUAAAGCAGGACAUCCUCGGCCAGUGCAACAUCACCUACCAACUCCUCUCCGCCGCUUCACAGCGCGCACCCCGUCUCCUGCUGGGCGAAGUCACAGCCAUGAUCGCGCGCGGCAUCUCCGGCGAGUUCCACAACCACGACGUUCCCCCUGAAGUGCGUCUGCACGGCGACGAGCUCGAGAUCAUCAGCACCACGCACCCGCGCAAGGCCCCGCGCUACGUUGACCUGGAAGAAGACAUUCCCUGGCUCAAGUUCCUUGCCUCGGAGGCCGUCAAUGACGGCAACUUCGAGCCCAACAGCUUUUACCCCAACGAGCCUGCCGAGAAAUACAUGCUCUUCCAUAUUUUUGCCCGACGCGUGCAAAAGUUACUGGAUGACCAGGACCCGGACAGUCUCUUCGUCGACGCCGACGCCCAAGUCACUGUCGAGCAGCUCCUUUCCAAAAUCAACGCGGGCCGCGAAGGCGCGCCCGUCGAUAAAGUCGUCUUCCACCCCUACGACGCCAUGGCCUGGCUCGACCGACUGGCCGACACGGGGCACGUCCGGUUCCAGCUCGACCCAUCUUGCUACGGCGUCGUGAUGCGUCCUUUGAACAAAUACUUCCCCGAGAACCGAGUCAUCUGGCCCGGUCCGACCGCGCACCGCGAGAAACCGGGGUUUAAGCUGGGCUAUAUCGCCACCUGGCAGCAGAUCUUGUGUCCCGGUGUCGACCGCUCGCAGGAACUGCUCGACCCGCAGUCGCCCGUCUGGAACUUCUUCAUGGCCUUGGCGUUCAGAUUGGGAUACACCAUUUACAUGCUCAACCAGGAACGGGCCGAGCAAGGCAGCCUCAAACCGCAGCCUGUGCCCGCCGAGUACCUGACGGAGAGUCUGACGACUUUCGAAGCGGAAGUGAAGACGGAGAUUCAGCACGCGUUUGGCAAGGACACGGGCCUGAUUUCGUUGCCGCAGCUUGUUCAGCGGUUGUCCCCCCGCGACUAUACAGGAAAGGGAAUGACGGAGGCUGAAGCCUUUGCUGUGGUCAGGCGGAAGAUGCUAGAGGAGAGCAUCUGCAACCUGACCAUGCUUGUGCCCGGACGGGAGGUGGUGUAUUAUGGACGCGACUCGGAAACGGGGGAGGUGAUGCAACGCACUGUUCGCAAACGGGACGUGUCGUGGGAGUUUGCUUCACCUCGCCUUUCUUCUUCUUCUUCGUCACAAAAGAAACCGUUCCAGUACUGGCGACUAGAUCGCUGGCCUUUGGGCGUGGGAUACACAUCUGAGGAGACCGAGAAGAAGAUUAAGGAAGGGAAGGAAGGAUAUGUGGAUCCCAGGAUGGUGUGGGAUCCGGUGGCGGAUGAUCCGAUUUCCGAAAUGUACAUGAGGCCGAAGCUGCGCAGGUUUGGCGAAGAUGAAAAGGUCAAGUAUAAGCGCGGGCCGGCCGUGUAUCCCGUGGGAGACACGGUUAGGCAGGCGUGGAGGGUGGAGGAGAGUAUGACGGAGAGUGCUUAUAGGGCCCUCGGCCUACCCCCACCCUCCGACUCAUCCAGACGCAAAAAACGCACCUGGUCCCAAGCCAUCGGCACGCUGCUCAACCCCUUCUCAAGCUCCUCGGAUGAUGUCGCCGGCAUGCCGGAAGACGAAAGGAGAGUCAGGCCAAAGUUGGAUGACCUCGCCAAGGGCGUGGUGGUGCCUAGUUGGAACCCGGAUCGGGUCAGACAAGUUGCGCAGGAGGAUGGAUACAUUUUGGAUGCGGACGAUGUGAAGGAGAUUUUAAAAGUGGCGGAGAAGAGUAGGAGGGAGGAGAUGGAGAUGGAGAUGGGUGCUUAG